CGGUUCCGGAUUCACAGUGUAAACACAAGUUUUUCAGUGCUCCCGAAUAAUUAAAGUUAAAUUACGUGUUAAACUCACUAAAUCAACAAAAAAACAGUGACUUACAGUAAUACGGAACAGUGCCACGCUUUUACAGUGAUUUUACGUUGAAUCUAUAACAAUCUUCUAGUUAAAUUAGUGACGAAAACUUUGUGACUUUUUUCAACGCGAACCGUUAACUAAACAAACGUGUUUAAAUAACUAUAAAUUGGUAAUUAUCGACCUAAACGCCGACCAACACAAACAAUAACAAAACAGCUGAUUGGUCCUGUCAACUGUCAAAAGUCAGAGGUCAGAACAAGAAAGUAUUGCCAACUUACAAAUAUUAUAACUAGUCCAUAGACAAUUUCGGACUUGGAUUCCUGUCUUUUGGUAUAAGGUUGGUUAUACACACUGUAUUUAUACUUGACUUCAUACUUACAAGUUAUAAAUAAAAAUGGAAGAACAAUUUCAAUUAUUAUUUGAUAAAAUGAACGAAAUGCAAAAUCAAACGGUGGAAUUAACUAACAAAAUCAUGGAUAAAAUUGAUGAAAAAUUAAAACCUGUCCUGGAAGAAAAUAAAAAUUUAAAACUUAAAAUUGAGAACUUGGAAAAAAAAGUGGAGUAUCUGGAGAGAGAAAAGAAAAGCAAUAAUAUUAUAAUUCAUGGGUUAAGAGAAGAAGAGAAGUCUACAUUGGAUUUAUUUCAAAGUGUGAAAAAGUGUUUUUUUAACGAACUGCAAAUAACCUUAGAGGAAUUUGAAAUAAAUAAAAUCCAUCGCAUUGGCAACAAUAUUAAUGGUGAGAGACCAAGACCUACGCUUAUUUCCCUAGUAAGCGGGUGGAAAAAGAGUGACAUUAUGAAAAAUAAAAAAAAACUCAAAGAAUUAUAUAUAACCGAAGACUUCUCAAAGGAGACCUUAGAGAAGAGGAAGGCUCUACAACCUAAAUUAAUUGAAGAAAGGAAAAAAGGAAAUUUUGCCUACAUAAAAUAUGAUAAGCUUGUUGUGAAGGAAAAAACAGUUGCGAAAGAUAGGAGGAAGAGAGAAAUAUCUACAUCCCCGCAAACAGAUUUACAUCCAAAAAAGCAACAGACAUUUCACUCCUCUAAGAAUAGCCGAACAAAUGCAUUUGAUCUAAUGAGAGUUCGAUCAAACUCUCUCUCAACCAGCCCUCUAACAAAAAAACAAUAGCAACGAAAUACCGACGACCGGAAUCAAAAAACAAAUAUAAAGAAUAAUAACAACCAAACAAUAAAACAUCCUCCCCCAAGCCGAUUGGUCAUCGUGGGGGAAAAUGACCAAGACCCCCUAAGUAUAAAAAAAUGUACCACAGAUAUAUUUAUAGCUACCUUUAAUGCAAGAUCGUUACGAACUGCUGAAAAACUUCUAGAACUGGAUCUAGCCAUUGCUGAAAUUAAAUGGGACAUAAUAGGUAUCAGUGAAAUGAGAAAAUUUGGAGAAGGUAUAGAAGACCACGGUAACUACAUAUUGCAAUAUAAAGGCGAGACACCAGGUUUGUAUGGUGUAGGAUUUCUAGUCAAAAAGAGACUUGCACAUAAUAUUGAAGAAUUUAAAGGGAUCUCCGAAAGAAUAGCUGUUCUGAAUAUAACGUUACCCUUGAACAAAGCAGAAAAAUGGACCAUCAUUCAAGCGUACUCACCAACUGAAGCAGAAAAGAUAGAUAAUGUUGAGAAAAUUGAAAAAUUCUAUGAAGACUUAAGAAUAGCUGUACAAUAUUCACAUAAGAAUCUUAUAGUAAUGGGUGAUUUUAAUGGACAGAUUGGGAAAUGUAAUAAUAGUGGAGAAGAAUAUACAAUUGGAAAAUACGGACAAGGUAAAAGAACAAAAAACGGAGACAUAUUGAUAACAUUUGCAAUGGAAAACAAACUUAGAAUUCUCAAUAGUUUCUUCAAGAAAAAGAAAUCAAGGAGGUGGACUUGGAUUUCACCAAAUGGAUUACAUAAAAACGAAAUUGAUUUUAUUAUGUCCAAUAAAUUUAAGACUUUUCAGGAUAUAUCAAUCAUUCACAAUUUAAAUUUUUAUUCUGACCAUAGAAUGGUACGUGCAAAAUUAACAGGCACACCUAUAAAAACAGCUAGAAGAUUGCAUAAUGAUAAAUCUGCCAUUGUUUGCACCGGAAACAACAAUCAACUUAGUACUAACUUACAGAAACUAAUUGACGAAAGUAACUUUACAACGAUGCCUCUUCAAGCUAAGUACGAACAUGUUAUAAAUUUAUUAAAAACAGAAACAAAGAAAGUAAAUGCAAAAUGUAAAACGGAAAUUUCUAACAAAACACUACAGCUGUUACAAGAACGAAAAGAACUUUUUAAUAAAAAAGAUAAAAAAUCAAAUCGGUCUAAAAUAACUGAAAUCAGUAAAAAGAUAAAUGAAAGCAUUAGGAAAGAUAAGAAACUAAAGAGGCAAAACACAUUGAAGAAACAUAUUGAACGAACUGGUGGUAUCAAAAAGGCGAUUAAAGAACUAAAUCAUAAAAAAGAUUGGAUGCUAAAGAUGAAGACUAAAGAUGGGAACCAUACAAAUAAAAGACCAGAAAUACUUAAAUUAGCUACAGACUUCUACCGGAAGCUAUACCAAAGCAGAAACCAAACAGUUGAGAUAAACGAAAGAUCCUUGGAACCUGAGCCAAUACCUAAAAUUCUAACGGAAGAAACUAUAAAAGCAAUUAAUACUCAGAAGAGAGAUAAGGCAACUGGAACUGAUCAAAUAACAAAUGAACUUCUAAAAUCUACCAUACAGGUAAUUGCUCCUCUAUUAACCAAUGUAUUCAAUGAAAUUAUUGAAACUGAAAAUAUUCCUACAGACUGGACUAAGUCGAUAAUUACAUUGUUGCAUAAGAAAGGCGAUAAGGGAGAAAUUGGAAACUACCGACCAAUUAGUUUGAUGUCGAAUGUAUA